AUGCGUGUUAAAGCCAAAAUGUUAAGGGGGUACCCUCUGAUGGAAAAAUAUCCUGAAAAUCAGAGGUUUGUCUUGGAAAAAUCCAUGCGUUUGAAUGAACGUGCACGAAAAAUCUCAUUUCCAUGUGAAACGAAUAGUGGUCUACCCACAAAAAUGUCAAUUAAUUUUGUUACGAAUAGUCGCAAAAAACGUUCAUUUCAUAAACGUGAACUGUUUGAUGCUAUUGACGAAUUAAAUCACAUUCUUGGAGUAAUGAAUCAAACAUCGAUGACGACUACAUCUGUUCCAUCUCAGUCACUUAAACUAGAACACGGUUUCAUUGAUCGUCUUCAAAAGAUUGUUAAUAUCAGUAGUCAACUGACGACGACCACGGAAACAACGACGACUACAGAUGUUAUGCCGCAUGUUGAUGAUCGAUUCGAUCAACUUUUAGGCACGACUAUUACUACCAGUCCUACGCGUGUCUUCAAUUCGUCAUCACCAACAACAAUAGGAUUUCAUGUGUCUCGAGUUGAUGAUAUGCUACGUCUAACUGUUGAACCUUCUUAUGAACAACAGCCAUUUUUAAAAGACUCAAUCGAUAGAGAAUUUCGAUCUGAAAAACAAUCACAAUAUCCACCAUCAUUACGAUCAUUACCUGUUACUCUUGGUCGACAAUUAGAUAUUUCCUGUUUGUCAGGUAUACGCAGAAAGGCAUUAUUACCACAAAUAACAAUCACUAUCGGUACUCAAGAUCUUCAAAAUGUCAAUAGUCAUGAUCAACUCAUUGACAAUAGUAAACAUUUAUAUCAACGUAUAGUUAUUGCUCAUUUAAAAAUUCACCAAGGUCAUAAUCAACAAACUAUCGCAUGUCGAUCGAUCGACAUUAAUAAUAAUAAUGAUGAUAAUAGCGAUAAUGAUGAGAUAAUGAUGGUUCAACCAUUUUAUUUUAAUGUUAAACAACCCAUUCAAUGUAAAUCAGCGGUAUGGCUCAUGUUUAUCAAUAUUGAGAAGAAAAUAUCUUGUCCAAUUGAACAAAGCAAUGAUUCAACUAUCAAAUACAAAUGGAAAGCACCAGAUGGAUCUAGAGCACUAGUUGGAAAACAGAUUGAUUCUCAAUUUCUCAAUUAUCGUAUAUCAUCUGACAGAGAUUUCGGUGAUUUAAUUUGUGAAACUCAGUCUAUCACAGGUGAUAAACAAGAAUGUAUCGUACGGCUACUUUCAACAGAACAAUAUCUCAAAAAUCUGAUUGUAAUGAGUCCGUAUGGAGGAGUACUAUUGGCGAUAUUUCUUAUCCUCUUCUAUUGUUGUACCGUCGUAUAUUUACAAAAACGAAAACAAAAAAUGGCAUCGCAAACAACAAAUGCUCCAGUUCAAUCAUCCCUAGAACCAUCAAAGCUUCGCGACAAGAAAUUACUACCUCGUCAACGAUUCUUAAGGCCGCUGGGUCAACAUCAUUUUCAACCACGAAUAGUAAAUCAAAUACAAGAUGAUGAUGAAGAGUUCAUAGCCGCCGAUGAAAUUAUAACGGUGGUACCAGCCACACAUGAUGCAACACAACAAACACACAAUGCGUUACGAAAGACAUCAGAUGGUGGGAAAAGACGUGGUCGAUUGUUUGCUAAAACGCAAGUAAGGAGUCAAAAGUAUCUUCAUCAACAACCAACAUUAAUGUUAUCAUCAGUUUAUAAUAACUCUUGGCCCGAUGUAAACCAAGAUGAGAUUGUUGUUGAAGAAAUAAAUCCAUAUCGUUUUGAUUCAACUGAACAAGAUUGUCUGUUACAUUCACUAAAGUCUAAUGAAACGUUAACUAAGAAAACAACAGCAGCAGUGAACAAGAAAAAACAUUUUUAUGUAAAACGAUCUCUACUCAAAAAUCUCUUCCCAACCACAGCAUUUUUCAGACAAGUAUUUAAUCGAAAUGCUUCAACUGGAACUGGAAAAAAGCAUCAUCGUCAUCAUUCGAGUAGAAAAAUAAAUAAAAAAUACUCACUAAUAUCACAACAACAACAACAACAGCAACAGAUUUUAUCAUCAGAAGUAAGCUGCAAAAAAAAACAAUCGUCACAUAUUUAUCUUAAACAUACUGGGGACAAAAAAGUUCAUGUUCAACAAAUGGUUCAAUAUUUCAAUCGAUUAACAUCGCUAACAUACAAUACUAAAAGAGUCAAAAGUUCGAUCUCUGAGCCAUGUUGUCAUAAAAAUGAUCUCAUAGAAGAAUUAUCACACACCUAUGAUAAAAUUGAUUCACAAAAUGAAAAGUAUGGUAUGAACAGAAUGAAUAUUCAACAUAUACGACGACAUUAUAUGAACAAUAAUCAUUACUCAAAUCAAAUACAAUUUUCAAAAGUAGCUAAACAUUGUCCAAAUAUUUUGUUUUAG